GUCAUUGACACAGGAAUGGGACAGAAAAAAAACAUCAUGGGGAGAAUGUCAAAUAUAUUUUUGUAGAAACUCAAGAAAAGGAUGAUUCGUUUUGUCCAGGGUGGAAUAGCGGCAUCGAAAAGGGCACUGCCUGCGUAGCACGUAGCUAAAUGGAGUCGGAGCAGCUCUUCAACAGGAAGGGCUACUACAGGAACAGCUACAACAGCAUUGCCAGUGCCAGCAGUGACGAGGAGCUGCUGGAUGGCGCCGGGGUCGUCAUGGACUUCCACACCUCCGAGGACGACAACCUUCUGGACGGAGACGCCACCUCCCCAGGAUCGAACUACGUCAUGUCUAACGGGGGCGGGGUGAUGAGUAGCACCACCCACCUGCUGGACUUCCUGGAGGAGCCCAUCCCGGGCGUCGGCACCUAUGAUGACUUCCACACCAUCGACUGGGUCCGGGAGAAAUGCAAGGACCGGGAACGCCACCGCAAGAUCAAUGCUAAGAAGAAGGAAUCAGCUUGGGAGUUUACCAAAAGCCUGUAUGAUGCCUGGUCUGGGUGGCUGGUGGUGACGCUGACAGGGCUGGCCUCAGGUGCUCUGGCUGGUCUAAUCGACAUCGCUGCUGAUUGGCUGAACGACAUCAAGGAGGGGGUGUGUCUGAACGCCAUGUGGUUCAACCACGAGCAGUGCUGCUGGGGUUCCAACGAGACCACGUUCGCUGAGCGGGACAAGUGUCCUCAGUGGAAGAGCUGGGCGGGGCUCAUCCUGGGCCAGGAAGAGGGCCCUGGUUCCUACAUCAUGAACUACUUCAUGUACAUCUACUGGGCUUUGUCCUUCGCCUUCCUGGCUGUGUUACUGGUCAAGGUGUUCGCCCCCUACGCCUGUGGCUCCGGUAUACCUGAGAUAAAGACCAUUCUGAGUGGGUUCAUCAUCCGGGGUUACCUGGGGAAGUGGACCCUGCUGAUCAAGACGGUGACCCUGGUGCUGGCUGUAGCGUCUGGGCUGAGCCUGGGGAAGGAGGGACCCUUGGUCCACGUGGCCUGCUGUUGUGGAAACAUUUUCUCAUACCUCUUCCCCAAGUACAGCAAGAACGAGGCCAAAAAGCGAGAGGUCCUAUCUGCAGCGUCAGCGGCUGGGGUGUCUGUCGCUUUCGGCGCUCCCAUAGGAGGAGUACUGUUCAGUUUGGAGGAGGUGAGCUACUACUUCCCUCUGAAGACCCUGUGGCGCUCCUUCUUCGCUGCAUUGGUGGCAGCCUUCGUCCUCCGCUCCAUCAACCCGUUUGGCAACAGCCGUCUGGUCCUGUUCUAUGUAGAGUACCACACCCCCUGGUACCUGUUUGAGCUUAUCCCCUUCAUCCUGCUGGGGGUGUUUGGAGGCCUCUGGGGGGCCUUCUUCAUCAAGGCCAACAUCGCCUGGUGCCGAAGGAGGAAAUCCACCCGCUUCGGGAAGUACCCCAUCCUGGAGGUGAUCUUCGUGGCGGCCAUUACCGCGGUCGUGGCGUUCCCCAACCCGUACACGCGGCAGAACACCAGCGAGCUGAUUAAAGAGUUGUUUACCGACUGCGGACCCUUGGAGUCGUCCCAGCUGUGCCAGUACAGGAGUCAGAUGAACGGGAGCAAGGCGUUUGUGGACGCGUCUCCCAACAAGCCGGCGGGACCCGGGGUGUACGCAGCCAUUUGGCAGCUGUGCCUGGCGCUCAUCUUCAAGAUCAUCAUGACCAUCUUCACCUUUGGACUUAAGGUUCCUGCUGGCCUGUUCAUCCCCAGUAUGGCCAUCGGGGCGAUCGCCGGGCGUAUCGUUGGCAUCGCCGUGGAGCAGCUGGCGUACUACCACCACGACUGGUUAGUGUUCAGGGAGUGGUGCGAGGUAGGCACCGACUGCAUCACCCCGGGACUCUACGCCAUGGUGGGGGCCGCUGCAUGUCUGGGUGGUGUAACGCGGAUGACCGUGUCUCUCGUGGUCAUCGUGUUUGAGCUGACGGGCGGCCUGGAGUACAUCGUGCCGCUCAUGGCCGCCGUCAUGACCAGCAAGUGGGUGGGCGACGCCUUCGGGCGCGAGGGCAUCUACGAAUCACACAUCCGCCUGAACGGGUACCCCUUCCUCGACGCCAAGGAGGAGUUCACACACACCACGCUGGCGCGGGAGGUGAUGCGGCCGCGGCGUAGUGAUCCGCCGUUAGCGGUGCUGACGCAGGACGACCUGACAGUGGAGGAACUACAGGGGAUCAUCAACGAGACCAGCUACAACGGCUUCCCUGUCAUCGUCUCCAAGGAGUCCCAGAGACUGGUUGGCUUCGCUCUGCGCAGGGACAUCACCAUCGCUAUAGAGAACGCACGGCGGAAGCAGGAGGGUAUCCUGCUGACCUCGCGGGUCUACUUCACGCAGCAUGCCCCUACACUGCCCGCCGACAGCCCGCGGCCCCUCAAGCUGCGCUCCAUCCUGGACAUGAGCCCCUUCACCGUGACCGACCACACGCCCAUGGAGAUCGUGGUGGACAUCUUCCGCAAGCUGGGCCUCCGCCAGUGUCUGGUGACACACAACGGGAUUGUAUUGGGCAUCAUCACUAAGAAGAAUAUAUUAGCGCAUCUGGAGGAGCUCAAGGAACACACGGAGCCCCUGAUCGACGACAUCUGACCCGACAGCUCGUAGCGCCGCCGGCGUCCCCCUUAACCGAUUGGCGUCUCCUUGGUAUUAUCACAAAAAAAGAUAUCCUUCGUCAUAUGGCCCAGAUGGCCAACCAAGACCCCGACAACAUAAUGUUCAACUAGUCACCUCCUUCCCGGGUCGUCAAGCUGACGAGGAGGAAAGCGAGGAGGAGGUGGUAAACCUACUGGACGGCCGCGGCUUCACCCUAUGACACACAGCCCACCCCCCCCACCCCUAAGCCACCUCAAUACUAAACCCAAUAGAGCCCUCUAGAGGCCACAGGAAGGAAGAGACGAACAGACUCUAAAAGGACUUUAAAAAUGGCUGCUGUGAGGGACGUUUUGGCCCCUAGGUAGCAGCUACUACAGGCUGGGGCAUAUAUACACAAGGAAUGCAAUUUUAACACCUCCAUUUACAUACGUCAGACUCACUCAGACACAGAUGCCACACAAGCAUGCCACUAGCCGAAUUGCACCUCCUUCAAACACACACUCUUCGUGCUCCUUCAUCCUUGUCCUGUUUCUAUUGGCUCACGCUGGCGGACAUGGCUGUGAGCCUGGCUGCCGAGGUCAGAGGUCAGAAUGAUCCGCUAGGACGCGAGGAGGGACCUUCAGACACCUCGACUGUUGAUUGGCUGUCAGCCCUGCCAGGCUCCACCCCCCCCUACUGUGUCCCUCCCUCCCACACCCUGUCCGUCCUCGAAAGCAUUGUUUUACCUGUGAACUCUCUUUGAGCGAGAGAAUGCAUGUGUACGUUUCACCUCCACUUUCCAAUCAGGUUGUCAUAGUAGCCCGAAACGACACUCUCCCACCCCCCUAAAGGCAUCCGCCUGAUAUUAGACUGUGUGUGUGUGUCUGUCUGUGUGUGUGUGUGUGUGAGAGAGAGAGGAGGGAAGAUCAAGGGUACAAGCAGGACGUCCUGGAGUAGUUAGUUAAUGUCUGAGUGUUGUAGUUCAAGAACAAAAUGUCUCUUUCUGAUGUGUGUGAAAACAUUCUGUACUGAAGAGUCCGAUAGUCAUCGGUUACAUACCCCCUGUUGAAGUAAAGGAUGAAUAUCUCUGUGUGUGGUGUGUGUGCGCACGCAUGUGCGUACCUUUGAUCUGAGCCAGGUAGGCAAUAUGCCAUUGAGGUGUGUGUGUGUGCGCGCAUAAGUAUCAGAUGAGGAAAGUCCGUUUCUCCGACAGUGAAGGUGGGCAGUGUGUAUAUCAAAAAAAAAAAAUAGGAACACCAACUCAAGGUGUUCUGUUACUGGAGUAAAAAAGAUCCUUUUUUCUUUUCAAACUAUUACUAAUGCAACUACUUUUAGAGUAUUGAUAUAUACAUAAUCAAGUAACUUUUUACGGCUUGUAAUGAAACAAAGUCAACACUGGAAAACCACUUUUUUUUUUCAAGUGAACAAAAUAAAUGGAUGAUUAUGAGGAUGUUGAUGGUAAUACUGCACAGUAACCAUGUCUUAGAUAUUUUACUUUGCUUAAUUAAGCUGCCUCAUGGUGUGUGAGAAAUGUGUCUUGUAUUUUCCACUGGAGCUUAAAUCAUUUCUUGCAUAUCUCCUCCUCUGCCUAGUCAAGUACAACAAUUCAACAUGAAAUCUUCUUUGCAUUUGUAGAUUUAAAACAUGAAUUGAAAGGACUGAAAUAGGUACAUUUCAUACAACACUCAAUCGACCAUCCCACGUUUUUUUGGAGGUGUGCCAGUAACUCCUUUAAACUUCAAUAAAGUCUCUUGUAUAUUUGACUUGGGGAUAUGUAGAAGCGCACAGUACACAAAGGGAAAUAGUUUUGAACACUCCAUGUGUAAACCUAGACUCAUGAAAAAAAAUUCUAUAGGAUCGUAUAUCUGAUUCACCCUUUAAUGCGUGGUUCACAGGAAGCAGUGACCUCGAUGUUUGCGCCAGUCAAAAGAGUCCUCUCUCUCUGGCUUCGUUUAUGACAAGAUGCAUAGAGUAGCACCUUAGCUGCUGAGUGAAGGCUAUGGUUGUGUCCCAAAUGGCACCCUUUUCUCUAUAUAGUACACUAUAUAGGGAAAAGGGUGCCAUUUGAGGCAUACAUUAAAGCGUGUGUAGGCAGGUGCUGACUACGUUUCUCUCUGUUACAUUGACAGUCUUAGGUCAUAUUCAUUAGGCACCAAACAUAAUAAAACAGACAAACCGGGAGGGACUUGUCCAAUAAGAAACUGAUAUUUUCCGUUGCCAAAUGUUUUUAAAACGUUUUCCAUCGCGUGCCCUAAUGCAGGCUUUACCAAACUCGGUCCAUGUUUAAUUUUUUGCUCUAGCACUACACAGCUGUUUCAUAUAACCGAUUUGAUUAUUUUGAAUCACCUGUGUCGAGCGAGGGCAAAAACAAAAUGUGCACCCAGGGUGGGCCUCCGGACCGAGUUUGGGAGACCCGGCCCUGAUGGAUUCAACCCUGCCGUUGGUUGACGAGCGCAUCGUCCUUGUUAACCCAUGUUCUUUUCAUAACUUCAUACUGAUCAAUGUUUUUCCUUUUAUUUAUGGUAGUUAGUUGUACAUUAAUUGUAUGAUUACAUUGAUGGUUUGAUUGUACAUUUAAAACAAUAUGUAAAAGGUUAAUUGUUUUAAAUUAAAAUUAGAAAAUUGCAAAAA